ACUACAAAAGAGGUUGAGCGGACGCGGGGCAGCAGCGCAUGCAGAGCUCAGGCACUGCGCACAGCCUCCACUGUUCCUUCUGCCGCCAUGAAGAGUCUCUUUUGCUGCCUCCUGCUCAUCCUGGCCCUGCUCAACCACCAUACUGCUGCUGCCAGGAAGUGUGACCUGCAGGGCCUGUGGAGGAAUGAGCUGGGCUCCAACAUGACACUCUCAGCCCUGGAUGAAGCCGGGACCUUCUCGGGCUCCUACCACACAGCCGUGGCAGCCACCAACAAGCAGAUCCUGGUGUCGCCCCUGCAAGGAGCCCAGCAGCACCCUGGUGACAAGGGACAGCCCACCUUCGGUUUCACCGUGCAUUGGCAGUUUGCAGACUCCAUCACAGCCUUUGUGGGCCAAUGCUUUGUGGACCGCCGUGGAAAGGAGACACUGGAGACCACAUGGCUCCUGCGGGAAGAAGUCCCAUCCCGCAGGGACAUCUGGAAAGCCACCAGGGUCGGCACCUCUAUCUUCACCCGUGUCAAGUGAUGGGGACAGGGACAGGAUCUCCCUGCACCCUGCUGUCCCACCUGAGGCUCUGUGUUGUCUGAGUCCCAGGCCGGGCUCCCUGCUGCUCCCAGCAUCAUGGCUGGGAAACACACCCUUGUGCUGCCUGGGUUCCUUGCAGUGCCUCCCAGUAUCCCGCUGUUGGGAACCCCCUUCCCAAAGCUUGCAUUCCCUGCAGAUACAGCCAAAUAAACAUUUUCUGCCUGUCA